CAAACGUGUGAGCUGAGGAAGAAGAAGAAGAAGAAGAAGCAAUGCCAUCCCUUCAAUUUGCACUACCAAAGAUUCAUCUUCUUCCAUUCUCUUACAACACUCAAACUCAAAACCUCUAUUCCGCCGCCACUCCUCGAUGCAGGAUUUCCUCCACCUCACCAAGGCACUCUUCGCUCGCUUCUGUUGCUCCAUUGGAAGCAAUACUAUUCGAUAUCGAUGGAACACUAGUUGAUUCGGACCCUAUCCACUAUUACGCCUUUAGAGAAAUGCUUCAAGAGGUAGGAUUCCACGGAGGAGCACCCAUAACCGAGGAAUUCUUCAUAAACAGUAUUAGUGGCAAGCACAACGUGGAACUCCGUCACGUUUUAUUCCCUGAUUGGGAUGUUGAAAGGGCCGUGAAAUUCUUCGAUGACAAGGAAGCAAUGUUUCGAAGAUUGGCUGCAGAAGAAAUGAAACCCGUAGCCGGGCUAGAAAAGCUGAUCAAAUGGGUAGAAGAUAAUGGUUUGAGAAGAGCAGCUGUCACAAAUGCUCCAAGAUCAAAUGCUGAUCUGUUAAUCUCUAUACUUGGUCUCGAAAGUUUCUUCGAAUUCGUUAUUAUAGGAAGUGAGUGUAACCGAGUAAAGCCUUUUCCGGACCCCUAUUUAAAGGCUCUCGAAGAGCUCGGUAUCUCUUCCGAGCAUGCAUUCGUCUUCGAGGAUUCAGUGUCGGGAAUAAAAGCUGGAGUGGGAGCUGGAAUGCCGGUAGUAGGUUUAGCCACGGGUAACCCUGAAAGAUUACUAUCAGAAGCAGGUGCAGCUAUGGUUAUCAAGGAUUAUACCGAGGCUAAGUUGUGGGCCGUUUUAGACGGUCUCGAAAAGAAGACACGUCCAGCGAAAGUUGGCACUCAACUAAGUGGUUAGUCGUUAUUUUGAUGUUCCGAUCCUACAAAAAGAUAAAUACAAAUAUUUUUUUUCUAGACUCCCUACUGAGGUAUAAAGUGAGCACAAGAAGAAAUGUAAAAAUCUGUUAUGUACUCGAAUAUGAAAGUCUGAAGAUGUUCACCAUUUACAAUGCAA